CGGAGGGAAAUGGCGAAUGGAAAACCCGUUUCCACAUUACUUCAAUCAUCGUAUCCUAUGAUGGGCGGUGACGGUCCACAUAGUUAUAUUCGUAAUUCUACGUACCAAAAAGCUGCAAUAGAGAGUGUGAAAACAAGCGCCAAAAAAGCCAUUUUAGCAAAACUCGAUCUUAAAACUUCGAUAUUUAACCUAAGUUCUUACAGAAUCGCAGAUUUCGGUUGUUCAGUUGGUCCCAACACAUUCGAUGUUAUCGAAAACAUUAUCGAAACCAUAAAACUCAAACACCAACAAGACGAAACCAAUAGAAACAACCAUGAAAACCUCGAGUUCCAUGUGUUCUUCAACGAUCAAUCCGACAAUGACUUUAAUACCCUCUUCAAAACCCUACCUCGGUAUCACAUUGAUCGUGAAGUUUUUGCAUGUGGUGUUCCCGGAUCCUUUUUCGGCCGAGUAUUUCCAAGAAACAGCCUUCACAUUGGACACACUUCUUACUCAAUCCACUGGCUCUCAGAAGCUCCUGAAGAUGUUUGUAACCAAAACUCACAAGCUUGGAAAAAAAAUAUCCAAUGUACUAAUCUAGUUGAAGAAGUGACCGAAGCUUACAAGAAACAAUUCAAGAAGGACAUGGGAGCUUUCAUUGAAGCUAGAGCUCAAGAACUUGUCCCUGGAGGAUUGAUGAUCAUUUUGGGACUGUGUUUGCCCGAUGGUGUACAGAUGAUUCGGACAUGGAAAGGCGUUGUCCAUGAAAUGAUCAGAGAUUGUUUGGUCGAUAUGGCCAAAUCGGGAAUAACAAGCGUGGAAAAGGUGGAAUCUUUCAACUUGCCGGUAUACUUCCCACAAUUUAGCGAAUUGAAGGAGGUGAUAGAGCAAAACGGGUGUUUUACCAUUGAGAUUAUGGAAGAAGUGAAGCAUCCUAUGGAGGAUAUGCUGCUAAGCAACGACUUCAUCACUUCCUCUUAUCGAGCCAUCUUCCACGGAGUCAUAGAAGAACAUUUCGGAGGCGGUGUUAUUGAUGAACUGUUCGAUCGAUUUGCUAAGAAGUUGAACAAAGACCCUGUUGAUUUUUUCAAGUGCCAAAAGGAUAUGCAAUACUUCAUCUUACUUAAGCGAAAGAUCUAUUGAGCUAUACGUAGUCUUUGUACUAAAUAAUACCGGAAAUCACGUUAGUUUUGCGUUCAAAC